AUGCCUUUGUUCAAAAAAAAACCAACAGCUGAUAAAGCUGUUGUUGGUGGCGGUGAUUCUUCAAUGUUUGAUAUAACACUAGAUAAACUUAAAGAGCUUAUGGAUGUACGAGGAAACGAUCUAAUGGAAAAACUUAAUUCAUCUGAAUAUAAUGGUGUUAAAGGAUUAUUAGAAAAAUUAAAAGUUGAUGGUAAUAAAGGUCUUGAUUCAAAUAAUGAACAGGAUCUUGAACAACGUCGUACAGCUUAUGGAAAAAAUGAAAUACCACCUAAACCAAUGAAAACAUUUUUAAGAUUAUGUUGGGAUGCACUUCAUGAUAUGUUAUUAGUUAUAUUACUAAUAUGUGCUAUUGCUUCAGUUGGUCUAUCAUUUUAUAAACCACCUCAAGAAGAAGGCGAAGAAAAACAAGAUGAACCAAAUCUUGAAUGGAUCGAAGGUGUAGCUAUUCUUGUUGCCGUUCUUGUCGUUGUACUUGUAACUGCAGUCAAUGAUUGGCGAAAAGAACGUCAAUUUCGUGGAUUACAAAAUAAAAUUGACAAAGAUCAACAAACGUCUGUUGUACGAGAUAGUCGUAUACAACAAAUUCCUAUUUCAGAACUUGUUGUUGGUGAUCUUUGUUUUAUUAAAUAUGGUGAUCUUUUACCAGCUGAUGGCUUAAUCGUUCAGUCAAGUGAUCUUAAAAUUGAUGAAUCGUCUUUAACAGGAGAAACGGAUUUAGUAAAGAAAAAUGAGAAAGAAGAUGUUGGAAUAUUAUCAGGUACAAAUGUUAUGGAAGGUAGUGGUCGAAUGCUUAUUGUUGGUGUUGGUCUUAAUUCACAAGUCGGUAGAAUUAUGAGUUUACUUGGUGCAACAGAUGAUGAUUCUAAAAAGAAAAAAAAAGAUAAAAAGAAAAAUAAAAAAAAUGAAAAUAAAAAAAAUGAAAAUAAAAAACCUUCAAAACUAAAAUCAUUAUCAUCAACAAAAGUAUCACCUGACAAAUCGAAAAAAAAUGAAAAUGACCAUAAUAUUGAAACUGUACAUGAAGAAAAUGAAAAGAAUCAAUCGACAACAAGACAUUCACGUGUUCAUAAAUUACCAGCAUUAAAACAAACAAAUAAUGACGAACAUGAAUUGAAACCAACGAAAAAAGAAACAAAUAAUGAUGAACAUGAAUUGAAAUCAACGAAAAAAGAAACAAAUAAUGAUGAACAUGAAUUGAAAUCAACGAAAAAAGAAACAAAUAAUGAUGAAUAUGAAUUGAAACCAACGAAAAAAGAAACAAAUAAUAAUAAUGAACAAGAAAAGAAACCAAAUAGUGAUGAUAAACAAAAGAAAAAAUCUACUACAAAUGAUGAUAAUGAUAAACAACAAGACAAACAAUCGGAUGGAAAUCAACAAAAACAACCUAAUAAUCAACACACAACAGAAUCAUCUGUGAAACAAGAUGCUUCUAAUGAUAAUAAAAAUAAAUCCGAAGACAAACAAGAAAAUAGUCAAAAUGUGAAAGAAGAUCCUGACCAAAAACCUGCUGGUUUAGCUGGAUUAGCUGCAGCUGCUGAAAACGGUGACAAUGAUGAAAAUGAAUCAAACCCUAAUAAACAUAAAUCUGUUCUCCAAGAAAAAUUAACACGACUAGCUUUAUAUAUUGGUUAUUUGGGUAUGGCUGCUGCUUUUUUAACAUUAGUCUGUUUAAUUAUUCGUUUCUGUAUAACAAAUUAUGUUAUUAAAAAACAGAAAGGCAAAGCAGCUGAUGCUAGUUAUUUUAUUUCAUUUCUUAUUCAAGCUAUUACUGUCGUUGUUGUUUCAGUACCAGAAGGUCUACCAUUGGCUGUUACACUCGCUCUUGCCUAUGCUGUUCGAAAAAUGAUGACAGAUAACAAUCUUGUUCGGCAUUUAGAUGCUUGUGAAACAAUGGGUAAUGCAUCAACAAUAUGUUCAGAUAAAACAGGAACAUUAACAACAAACCGAAUGACAGCUGUACAAUGCUAUAUUACUGGUAGGUCAGAAGCAAAACAAGAUGAGGGUGGUUUACCAAAACAAAUUGGUAAUAAAACUGAAUGUGCUUUACUUGAUUUAGUACAAAAAUGGAAUGGAUCCUAUAAUGAAAUUCGUGGAAAAUUUCCUGAAGAUAAGUUAGUUAAAGUAUAUACAUUUAAUUCUGCACGAAAAAUGAUGAGUACAGUUAUUCAACGUGAUGAAGGAUAUCGAUUAUAUACGAAAGGUGCAUCAGAAAUGGUUUUAACUAAAUGUAAAUCAAUUAUUGGCGAAGAUAAUCAACCAAAAGAUUUAAAUGAUGAUGAAAAAAAUAAAAUAGGACAUGAUAUUAUUGAAAAAAUGGCUAAUGAUGGUUUAAGAACAAUUUGUAUUACAUAUAAAGAUCUUGGCAAAGAAACACAAAAUUGGGAUGAUGAAGAUAACAUUGUGAAUGAUUUAACAUGUAUUGCUAUUGUUGGAAUUGAAGAUCCUGUUCGUAAAGAAGUACCUGAAGCUAUUGAAAAAUGUCAAAAAGCUGGUGUUGUUGUUCGUAUGGUAACAGGUGAUAAUAUAAUGACAGCUCGUUCAAUAGCAACAAAAUGUGGCAUAAUUAAACCAAAUGAUGAUUUUCUUGUACUUGAAGGAAAAGAAUUUAAUAAACGUAUUCGUGACUCAUCAGGAAAGAUCUCACAAGAGAAACUUGAUGAAGUUUGGCCAAAAUUACGUGUUUUAGCCCGUUCAUCACCACAAGAUAAAUAUAAUUUAGUCAAUGGUAUUGUAGAAAGUCGAGCAACACAACAUCGAGAAGUUGUUGCUGUCACUGGUGAUGGAACAAAUGAUGGACCAGCAUUAAAACGUGCUGAUGUUGGAUUUGCUAUGGGUAUUCAAGGAACAGAUGUUGCUAAACAAGCAUCGGAUAUUAUUUUAACUGAUGAUAAUUUUUCAUCGAUUGUUAAAGCAAUGAUGUGGGGACGAAAUGUUUAUGAUUGUAUUGCAAAAUUUCUUCAAUUUCAACUUACUGCUAAUCUAUCAGCUGGUGUCAUUUCAGUUAUAUCAGCUGCAGCUAUUAGUAGUGUUCCAUUACGAGCUGUUCAAAUGCUUUGGGUUAAUCUUGUUAUGGAUACAUUAGCAUCAUUAGCAUUAGCUACAGAACCACCAACAGAAGCAUUAUUAAAACGAAAACCUUAUGGUCGUACAAAAACAAUUAUAUCACCAUUAAUGUUACGUAAUAUUCUUGGUCAAUCUUUGUAUCAACUUGUUAUUAUGUUUAUUAUACUUUAUGCUGGACAAUAUUUUUUGGGUGUUGAGUCAACUGUUGAAAAAAUUCAAAAAAAUUCACGCGCUGGAAGAGAAAUAAGUGCACAAUUUACUAUGGUAUUUAAUGCAUUUGUAUUAAUGACUUUAUUUAAUGAAAUUAAUGCUAGAAAAUUACACGGUGAAAGAAAUGUAUUUAAAGGAAUAUUUAGCAAUCCAUUUUUCUAUGGUAUUUGGUUAUUUUGUUUUGCUGCACAAAUUCUAAUUGUUACUUUUGGUGAUAAAGUUUUCAGUUGUGCACGAUUAGAUAUUAAGCAAUGGGCAUGGAGUUUACUUUUCGGUGUUGGAUCACUUAUAUGGCAACAGAUUCUUUUAUGCAUUCCAGUUACACCAUUUAGUAAAUGCUUUUCAGCUUUAUAUCGCAUUUGUUGUCCAUGUUGUUAUAAGAAAAAAAAGACAGAAGAUGAAGAAGAAGAAGAAGAAGAAGAAGAAGGAGGAGAAACAGAAGAUGAAAAAGCUGAUGGUAAACGUAAAAAGAAACAAUCAGUAAAAAUGGUUAAUAAACAUGAUCGAGAUGCUACUGGUGGUGAAAUAUUCGCAAAAUAUUCUACAAUUGGUCAAUUAACUAAUGCAACAGUUGUUACUGAACCACCACCAGCAUUUGCGAGAUAUAUGCUUCGAAAAAGUGUCGAUCGUCUUAAUUCAGAGUUUCGAGUUAUUGUUGAAUUUCGAUCGCGACUCGAAGAAAUUAAAGAGAAAAGACAUGAAGAAAGUCUUGAACAUAAACGCCACAGUCAAGGUGAUAUCCUUGAUGUAUAA